GGUCGUAAUGACGACACUCUCAACGUUUCCGGACAUCUAUUGUCUACCGUAGAGGUGGAGACGGCUGUUGUCGAGCACCGGACGGUCGCAGAGGCGGCCGCAGUGUCGGCCCCGCAUGCCAUCAAAGGCGAGUGCAUUCACGUGUUUGUUGUGUUGAAUAAUUGCUUUAAACUUACGGCUGAACUGGAGAUCGAUAUCAAACGCAGAGCUCGUGUUAAAAUCGGAGCCCUCGCAGAGCCGGAUGUGAUCCGCGCUGUGAGUGGACUCCCGAAGACUAAAUCGGGUAAAAUUAUGCGAAGAAUAUUGACUAAAGUGGUCCGAAAUGACCGCGAUUUGGGCGACACGUCCACAAUGGCUGAUCAGUCAGUACUUCAGGAGCUGUUUGCUACGGGUGCCAGCGAUAGCAUGUCAUCCAUU